AUGGAGGGGCUGAUGAUCGUCUUCGAGCGCCUGUGCCUUCGAGACGAGAUCAUGGCGUCGCUCAACCCGGAGCAGGCGUGGCGCGAGCUCACGACUACAAGCCCCGGGGUCGUCGCGCGUGUGGCGCAGGCCGAGCGUGAGUUUGCCGUCUACCAGCGCCGCGACGGUGUCUUCAGCCGGCCGUCGGUCCUCGAGAACGCGAAGAACAUGGAGCCGGCAGCGUGGUGGGGGAUGUAUGGCAAGCACUUGCCGCUGCU